AAUUCUAUUACAUGAAGCCUCCAGUUUAAACAUAAUAAUAAUUACAUCCGUUACUUUAAAGCUCAUCCACAAAUUACAACUCUUUUAGAUUAAACACCGCUAAGCCAACACUCCUCCGCGGAUAACCUUAUCCCAAAGAGCGAGUCUUUUGACCUAAUAAAACCGUUUCCCUUGUAACCCUUCGGCCCCUCGAAGCAUUAGAGAGCCCCACGCAAACCGCCGGAGAAUAGAACUCCGUAAAUUAAGCCACCUCACCUCCUUCUGUGUUACCGCUAUUAUAACACCAUAUACCCACAGAGAGGCACAGAGAGAGAGAGAGAGAGAGAGAGAGAGGAGAGAGGAUGACAAACUUGUAGGUGGGUGAGGCAACUGGCAAGCUUUUCUGCCUGCCUUCUUCUUCUUAUUGUUCUUCACUUGUCGCUUCCUCUGUAUGCUUGUGCCUUGUGACCUCUCUUUCUAACUCUACCUUCUCUAUUUUCUUCUCUGAGCAACUCUCUCCUCUUUCUCCUUCCCUCCUUUCCAUUACAGUGCUAUCUAUAUAUCCAUGUACUCCGAGUUUGGUCAGCCUUUCUCUCCAAGCAUGUCCACGGUACAGCUAUUUGCGUCCGAAAAGGAUCCCAAUCCCCUCCAGAUAGACUCCCCUUCAAACUCCAAGUUGGAAUUCACGCAAACCUCUCAGAUUCCAUCUCUAGAAGUAGAGAAAGAUAAUAACAGGAGAGAAGUAAAGAUGGAAGCCAAAGGAGAAGAGAGUAGCCCCACCCUUCUUCCUCCUUCCUCCUCUUCUUCUUGUUCCCCUGAGGAGGUUGGAGUCAAAGAUGAGAAAGAAGAGAGGAAGAAAGAUCCAAGUGGUAACUCUGUGGAGGUUGGAGUACUGGAAGAAGAGAAAGAGACGGAUCAAGGUAAGGAUGUUAUUAGAGAUGAUGGUGGUGAUGAUGAUGGUUACCACACGCCUUCCUCUCCGAGGCAUAGAAUUCCGGAGGCUCGGGUGUGCCCGCCGGCACCGAAGAAGCCGGUGCAUUUGCUGUACAUGAAGAGGAAGGUGAGGGCCGGUCAGGUUCGACGACGGGCCGAUGAUAUAGAGAGUGAGAUUGGUUCUUUCUGGGGUGCGGAGCUUGAUGAUGCUGGCCCAAGGACUAAGAAGGCUAGGGGAGAAGCUACCAAUGACCAAUGAUGCUAUUGGUGCAUCCAUAAGCUAUUUUUAUAUAAAUAUAUAUUAUAUAUAUUAUAUAAAAAUACAUGAUUUUUCUCCUUUUUAUAUGAUUAUGUUUUUUCAGGAUCUUUCAAAUCCACCUGAGUUCAUAAAAGAAUUUUCUUUUCUUUUUUCAAAUUAUUACGUUUUCCUUUUUCUUUUUCUUUUU